UCUGACAAUGUCCAUCAACCAGCAGCAUUAAACACAGAGUCAAUAACCCUGAAAAUAAACGCCUGGCAUUCUAUUGCCGACCCGAAUGCUGUAGAAAGAAAUGACGGCAUUGGUACCGGACAAUUACACCGCAGGGGAAGAAAUUAUAAACCUGUUGAUGAGGCGACCGUAUUAGCGAUACAACAGAAAGGAAAAAGUUCUGUCAAGAAACCAAAGAAACAGUUUGAAGAUAAUUUCGUGCCGCCCACUUCUUCAACCAUGAGACCUAUACAAAAGAGUUUAAGUAGAACAAAACCAUUACCAAGACCUGAAGCGCGAACGACCGUCAAUCAACAGCAACGAGAAAAGACACCGUCACCAUUGCCUCCACCAUCGCAGCAACAACAACCACAGUCAACAUGGGCACCUUCUCAAGUACCUGGCCGAGAAAAAUGGAAUGCUCCAAGUUUGGCUACCACUCCUUUCUGGGAAAUGCCUCAAACAAAUAAUUCACAACCUGCUGCAAAAUCAACACAGUAUCAACAGUCACAAUCUUAUCGUCAUCCAUCACCUGCUCGUUCACCACGGCCGUCAAAAUAUUCGCAGGAUUUCUUACCAUAUAUCCCACCAGAGUUCGAUUCAACCCCGUACCGAAAGCAAUCGUCACCUUCACCUGCUCGUGGUUAUUCACCCGCUCGUGGUUAUUCACCUGCUCGUAGUUAUUCAAAUGGUUACAUAGAUGAACCGCCUGAAUACGAACGAGAAAGUAAUUUCGACGAUCAAGAAGAUUAUGAACAAAAUAGUGACUUCGAUGACGAAAAUAACGCGUAUUACGAGGAAGAUGAGAGUUAUUCUGAAAAAGAAGGAUAUGAGUCGGCAUCUGUAUUACUCGAUGAUGAGCCUAUUUCACGUCCUCUUCCACUUCCACUUGUUCCAACCCCAUUAUCUCCAAAACGCCCCGAUCAGCAUGAUCGCGGUUAUCAUCUUCUCACUAUAAAUGUGGAACUUUCAGAGUCAGAGCCACCUCAAACCAUCGUUGUUCACGUGAAUGACGAUCCUGCGGUUUUGGCUAAAGAAUUUUGUAAUAAGUGGAAGGUAACUAAUGAGGUUGUAGAACCUGCACUAAUCCAGUUAAUUAAAGAUGAAAAAGAUAAACGCCUUGGAUGA